AACAUUUCACCACUUGUUCAUUAGCAUCAAUCGAAACGUAGUUGAUUAAGCUAGGCUGGUAAAUAUGACAUUCACUCAUUCUGUAUCUGCUGAUGGUAGUCAUAUCUUCCAGAACCUUAAUACUUCAAACUACCUUCUCCUUACCAGUGACGGUAGUAUCGAAGUUUCCCAGACCAUCCCUUCAAUUUAUGACUCCAAAUUGUCAACCGGAAACCAUUCAAUUUCUUGUAUUAUCGGAGUCAUCAAACUCAAGAUUAGUUCAUAUGUUAUAAUUUCUGAUCAACAUACAAUCACUGGUUCCAUCUUAGGUAACGAAAUUGCUAAAGUGGAAUCAUACAAGAUUUUACCCUUGGGAAAUAAUCAAUUUGCUAAAUCAAAUGCCGAAGAAGCUGAAUAUUUGAAAUUGUUGAAUCAGCAUUUAUCCAAUGCUACAUUAUAUUUUUCAAUUGACAACAAGUACGAUGUUACCAAUUCUCUUCAGCGCCAAUAUACUACUGCUAAUUUACAACCUGAUCCAAGAUUUAUGUGGAACAAAUUCUUAUCAACUAGUUUGAUUGAAAAUGGUGCUAAUGAGUUUGUUACUCCUUUGAUCUAUGGGUAUUUCAAAUCUCAUUCAGCUACUUUCAACGGACCUCAUUUGUUGGACUUUGCGUUGUUAACUCGUAGAGCUAAUUCUAGAGCAGGUACCAGAUAUUUCAGAAGAGGUAUUGAUACUAAUGGUAAUGUUGCGAAUUUCAAUGAAACUGAACAGAUUUUCACUGCUGCUGAUAACCAUGUUUAUUCCUUUUUACAGACCAGAGGGUCGGUUCCUGUUUACUGGGGAGAAAUUAACAACUUAAAGUAUAAACCAAAUUUAGUAAUUUCUUCAAAGCCUGCCUUGCUUGCGACUGAAAAACAUUUCACAGAACAAGUUGAAUUGUAUGGUGAUAAUUACUUGGUUAACUUGGUCAACCAAAAGGGUUAUGAGUUGCCAGUUAAACAAUCUUACGAAGCUGCUGUUGAUAAUUUGCCUGAACAUUUAGCCAAGCAUAUUAACUAUAUCUAUUUUGAUUUCCAUCAUGAAUGUAAGGGUAUGAGAUAUGAUAGAAUUAAUUUAUUGUUGGAAAGAUUGAUUCAAUUAGGUUAUACCAGUGAUAACUACUUUUCUUAUGAUUUAGCUGAAAACAAAAUCCUUUCUGUGCAAAACAAGAUCGUUAGAACAAAUUGUAUGGAUUGUUUAGAUAGAACCAAUGUUGUUCAAGGUGAAUUAGCGAGAUGGGUUUUACAAAACCAGUUCAUUAAACUGGGAUAUAUUGAAAAGGAUACUUUGGUUACUUGGAAUAAAAUUGACCCCAAAUUUAAUCUUUUCUUCCAAAAUUUCUGGGCAGAUAAUGCCGAUGCAGUUUCAUGUGCAUAUUCUGGAACUGGUGCCUUAAAAACUGAUUUUACAAGGUUAGGUAAAAGAACUUAUAAAGGUGCUUUGAAUGAUCUUUCCAAUUCGAUAACAAGAUAUUAUAAGAAUAAUUUAAAGGAUGGAAGUAGACAAGAUUCUUAUGACUUGUUUUUAGGUAAUUACAAGCCUUUUCAAGAUUCUAUAAAUUCACCAUUUAUAGAUAGAAGACCAGAUUACAUUCAAUUGUUGCCUUAUUUAAUGGGUACUUCAUUAUUGGUAUUAUUAACAAUUAUAUAUUAUCCAAGAGGUUCAAUCUUUGAUUUUAAGAAUUUGGUUAUAAUUGGUGCAUGUCUCUAUUUAAAUGCAAGAGGGUUGUUCUAUAUGUUGAAAGAUGGAUAUCAAUUUGUUGAUUGGCCAAAGUUGAGUUCUUUAGACUUUUUGGAAAAGGAAGAAAUUGGUAAUGGAUCAAUUAAAUAUAGAGAAACUGAACAUUUCAAGUCCGUGGGAAAGAAGAAGAAUUAGAGUUGUUUUAUUUUUUUUUUUAAUUUGUUUUAUAUUUGUUUAUAUGUUUGAUUUUAGAGUAACCCAUUAUGAACUGUAACCAAAUAUUGGAAAGAUAAACUCAGCAAGCAACUUUAAGCUCAAAUUAGAAGUACCUUGCAUCUUGUCGUUUGUCUGUUUCUUGGAUUCAUAUGGUGGUGGCUGAGAUUCCAGAUUCACAUCACUUUGUUUGGACAAAUAUUUCCAACAUUGGCUCGCAUUUUGCAACCAAUCUUCAAUUGAAAUUUUAAACUGACAUCGACUUGUGACCAAUUGAUGACUCAUUAGAUUCUGUCGGAGGGUUCCAAUAUCUGUUAUGUAUCUCUGUGUACUUAUAUUAUGAAAUUCAAGAACAAAAAAUUUAUCUAGCUUGAUCGUGUUUGCACAUUCUUUCCACAUAUUAUUAACAAGAGUUUUAGUAGGUUGAUAGUUAUAUUCUUCAUCUCUAAGGACCACUAUCAAAAGUGCUCGAUGAUCAUGGCAGUUUAGUUUGUCAAUCCUCAGUUUACCAAAUAAAUCUAGGCAAUUUUUGAAUAGUGUUUUUAGUUCCAAAUCAAAAUCUUCAGUUGAAAUCUUAGAAAUUAUGAAGACAUCAGACAUACAAGCUUUAAAUAACUCAGUUUUCUGGAAAUUUUUAUCUUUAUGAUGUUCGCCCACUUUUGAUGCUAACAAUAUAAAUCUAAAGUCUGAGCCAUUGUAAUUUCUAGUAGCAUCAGUUAUGCUCCCCCAAAUUUCACCUCCUUGAACUUCAUUAAGAUCACAUUUUGGAAAUGCUGAUCCAAAUAUAGCAUCUAAUAGGUUUGGUUCUUCUAGAUUCAUUCGUCCAACCAAACUAAUAGUGCAAUAAUUAUUGGAGUGUUUAUAUCUUCUGGACAAUAAUUU